UCGUCCUCUUUUCGAACCCCUUUUAUUCACUGCGCCCAUCAAUACGUGUCAAAGCCAUAGUUGAUUCCUCUCUACCCUCUCUGAAGAUUUUUACGCAGAAACCAAGAACCCAGACAUCAUCGUCUUCAUAUAUAUAAACUACACGUACUUGUUCUCUUUUUGAAAACCCAAGAAUUGUGUAGAAGCCCAAACACCCAAACAUGAAACAAGAGCAACACAACCACCAAAAGAGACUCGUUUCCGUGGCCUUGAAACUAGCAAAACCCACUGCGUACUUUACCCUCCUCUUGCUAACCUACACCUUGGGUUACCUAUCCUCCCCUUCCGCCACCUCUCUCCCCUCGACCCCAACCCCCACCAUCAACGAACUCACCAACCUGCCCUCCCAACUGGAUAACUUUCGAGUCACGUCUCACUGCGCCGACCCGCUCCCAGCCGAACUCGUCCGCCAAACUAUUCUCCACCGAGUCUACAACGGGACCUCGCCCUUCGAGGGGUUCCCCCCAGCGCACGUUAGCUCCCUCCUACGCCACCAGAGGAUCAAAGGGUGGGGCUCAACCGGCGCCGUUUUCGACCACCUAAUCCAAAAAGUCAAGCCCCGCACCAUCAUUGAGGUGGGCUCGUUUCUAGGCGCGUCGGCGAUCCACAUGGCCGGGUUGACUCGCGAACUCGGCCUCGACACCCAGAUCCUUUGCAUCGACGAUUUCCGCGGCUGGCCCGGGUUCAGGGACCGGUUCAAGGACAUUCAGAUGAUAAACGGUGAGGUUUUGUUGAUGUACCAAUUCAUGCAGAACUUGGUUUCCAAAAACGCGAGCGAGUCGGUUUUACCCGUUCCGUUUUCGAGCGCGUCGGCUCUCGGCAAGCUUUGCGAGUGGGGCGUGUACGGUGAUUUGAUCGAAGUCGAUGCGGGUCAUGACUUUUUGUCGGCGUGGUCUGAUAUAAACCGGGCGUACCGGGUUUUAAGACCCGGUGGGGUAAUUUUUGGUCACGAUUAUUUUACAUCAGCAGAUGACAGGGGAGUUCGGAGGGCAGUCAAUUUGUUUGCUCGAAUUCACGGCCUCAAAAUCAAACUGGAUGGCCAACAUUGGGUUAUCGAUUCAACUAAUUAGCUCCCAUAUAUUCGAUAAAGGUAGAAAUUAUAUUUUUAUUUUAUAAAAUAUAAAAUAAAAAUAUAAUUUCUAACUUAUUUUUUACAGACCGACACUUAUACUCUAUUGUAAGGUGAGUCAAUAUACAAGUUUAUAUGUGUAAUAAUGAUGAUGGAUUUUGGGUAGAGUCCCUACUAUGAACUAUACAGAAUUAUUUGGAAAAAAUGUGAAGAAGGGGGGUUGUUUGGGGUAUUUUAUUAGUGUUUGAAUAAGAAAUAAUGGAGUUUAGCAGCAGAUUAGAGACA